UUUAGUCUAGUAGCGAGUCAUUUAGUAGCUAAUCGUGUCUGAACACCAAAAAUUUAGUCGAGUAGGUUAGUAAAUUAUUUAGUCGAGUCGAUCCAUUUUAUUCUAUUUUUAUCGGGCGAGUAGCACCUCCCACCACGCGUCCGUGCUCACUGGUUCGCCGGCUAAACAAGUCCGAACCUGUCGAUUUAGUCGAGCUCUUUAGUUGCCGAAAAAAUGUCGUUUCGCUGGAGCGAAGAUACAACUUUAAAAUUUGUUUCUCUCUAUAUCCAACAUGAAUGCUUGUGGAAUUUUAAGUCCCCGCAAUAUAAAAAUAAACACAUUAAACAAUCCGCAUACUUGGAUUUGGAAAACAAAAUGAAUGUACCCGGAUUUGGUGAAAAGGAAAUUAAAUUGAAAAUUAAAAACAUCAGAUCGACCUACUCCCAGGAGUUGAAAAAAAUAAAGGACUCCAAAAAAUCAGGCGCUGGGACUGACACGGUUUAUAUUCCUUCUGUAAAAUGGUUCAGUUUAUUGGAUGCAUCCCUGAGAAACUUAACCUCAACACUGACACACAGUGAAAGUAAUCUGGCUUCCGAUAGUUUACACACUGAUGAGACUACAGAUACUGAGCAAAAUAGUACUGUAGUGGAUACUUUUCGUGAACCUACACCUCCUCCUCCACCUCCUCUUCCACCUCCUCCUCCACCUCAAACAAAAAAAAGGAAAAUCGCCCAGCUCUCGAGCAUGGUUAGACAAUUAAAAGAGAUAGCUGAUACUAGUAACUCUACAGUCGAAGAAAAUGAGUUUGAGGUCUUCGGAAAACACGUUGGUCUUCAACUGAAGUCUUUGCCCCUACUAUUGGCAUUAGAAGCACAAGAGCACAUUCAAAUUUACAUAAAUAGAAUUCGACGUCAGCACCUUCAAACCGCAUCUGAACAAAACGGAAUCACGACGCCACAGUCAUAUGCUACAGAAUCACCAUAUAGCGAUUCUUCAACAUAUUAUAAUGACACCAGUAAUUAUAAUUUGGAAGAGCAAGCAACUGAAUGUUUUUCCUCGUCCAUUUUACCUACAGAUAAUUCUGAACAUGUCUCGGAUUAUCAGCUUUCCUCAAAUAUGUUUCCAUCUGGCCAUGUUAACCAGAAUGAAACGCAGAGCGUUACAAUUAUAUCAAAUGACUUAAUUUUAACAGCAAUGCAGAACGCUAAUGUUAAUAAAUAAACGUUUCAUAAUAAAUCUGUUACUGUUAUUUAAUCUUACCUUGAUAAAUU